AUGGUGAAGAGAUACGUUAACCUUACGUUGGUCCUGUCAACAACCUUGUUCGUCAUUUCCGUCGUCAAAAUCUCCCUUGUCUCGUUGAAACUAGAGCUUGAAGAUCAAUUUCUAAACCUCAGUAUUGCCCUUGAAUGUGUCCCAAUUCUUUGUGCUGUCAUCGGCUUCGUCAUGUUCACAUUCGAGCGACUGUUCACCCUCGACUCCGUUGUUGCCCCGCUUUUGUCGCUUUUAUCAGUUGUUUGUAACUGUAUCUCCGUGGGAAUGUCCGUCUACUUCUUCAAUACGUUCGUGGUUGGAACUGUUUCGACGAAAGCCGCCUAUGCAUCAUUCACAUCCGUCGGUUGUUUCACCUCUGCUGCGCUUGGAUAUUGUAUCUUUACCGCGCAGAAGCUGAUCCGCUGGAAAAAGGCACGCCUCUCCCAAAGUUUAUCAGGCACAUCGAGCCUGUCAAGGUCGAAGCGAGGGGACCAUCCAUACUAUCACUCACUCAUCGCCCUCAACAUCCAUCAAUACCUCAAAGAACAAGUAGCGAUGAUCGAUCCCAAUGCUGACCUUAGCUUUCUGCAGCGAAACCGAAUAAUGCGAAUCAAGAAUCCCUCAGUCGUUAAGUCUAUCAAAAAGAAAUCAGAAUCCUGCUAUUGA